UUGGCCAAGUGGCGCGGUUUUUGGAAAGGACGACGAGAGUGUUGGCGCGAAGGUGGCGGCGGAGGAGGAAGAAGAAGUUGAGGGCUGGGGUAGCGGCUAACGAAUGACAGCGACGGGAGACGGACAGGGCCAGCGCCACGGUGACUGCGCAGCGGAUGGCUAAGGCGCAAAAGUGACGGGAGAAGAAGAAGCCGAGUAACGGGGUGAACAGACGGCGUGGGCCUGAGGCUUCGUUGAGUCGGUUAUUUUGAGUUCCAAAAUGGCAAUGCAGACACGAGUUGAGGAAAAUGCUGCAGCUGAAGAGGAAAAUUUUGGGCCACAAGCUAUAUCACGUUUGGAGCAAUGUGGGAUCAGUGCUAAUGAUGUGAAGAAGCUCGAAGAGGCUGGUUUCCAUACUGUGGAGGCAGUGGCUUAUGCUCCAAAGAAGGAACUGCUAAAUAUCAAGGGUAUCAGUGAAGCAAAAGCCGAGAAGAUUCUGGCUGAGGCAGCAAAGCUUGUACCAAUGGGAUUUACUACUGCUACAGAGUUUCAUCAGAGGCGCUCAGAAAUCAUCCAGAUCACUACAGGGUCUAAGGAACUUGAUAAACUUCUACAAGGUGGGAUAGAAACUGGCUCAAUCACUGAGAUGUUUGGUGAGUUUCGUACUGGGAAGACCCAGCUCUGUCAUACAUUGGCAGUGACAUGUCAGUUACCCAUUGACCGUGGUGGUGGAGAAGGAAAAGCCAUGUACAUUGAUACUGAAGGUACAUUCCGUCCAGAACGCCUCCUUGCUGUUGCUGAAAGAUAUAAUCUUUCAGGAAGUGAUGUACUUGACAAUGUUGCAUAUGCUCGUGCUUUCAACACUGAUCAUCAGACCCAGCUGUUGUAUCAAGCAUCUGCCAUGAUGACAGAAUCCAGAUAUGCCUUGUUAAUUGUGGACAGUGCAACAGCCUUGUAUAGGACAGACUACUCUGGUAGGGGUGAGCUAUCUGCUCGGCAGAUGCAUCUUGCACGGUUUCUACGAAUGUUGUUGCGACUGGCAGAUGAGUUUGGGGUAGCUGUUGUAAUAACUAACCAGGUAGUGGCCCAGGUUGAUGGGGCAGCCAUGUUUGCCGCAGAUCCGAAAAAACCAAUAGGUGGAAACAUUAUUGCCCAUGCAUCAACAACGAGAUUAUACUUGAGGAAAGGGCGAGGAGAAACACGAAUCUGUAAAAUUUACGACUCCCCAUGUCUGCCUGAGGCAGAGGCUAUGUUUGCUAUCAAUCCUGAUGGAGUUGGUGAUGCCAAAGACUAAAUGUUAAUGACCCAUUCUGUUCUUGUGCUGGAAGUUAUAGACAGCAAAGAAAAGCCCCAGGAGUAUCAGUAAUGCUACUUUGUGACUUCACACUACAUGUAUUUCCACUUUGGAAAGCCACAUUGGAUUGCUAAUGUUCCGAGCAGAUCCAUAGUUAAAAUGGAUCCGGGGGUAUAUAAUUUAUUUCAAAUCCAUACUUAAUAAGUUUGGAUGAGAUGGAUGUUAGCAGAGAAGACUGCAUUGGACAAACUUAUUGAGUUCACUUUAAAUCAUUUUCUGAUUGACCAACUGUAAUUUAAGUAGCUUGAGCCUCUGGCCUGAUGAAUCACCACUGUGUAAUAAAGUGGAGUACCUGUUGAACACAAUGAGUGAUAACUGGCACUGAAUAUUUGUGAGUUGCUGAGCAUUAUAGGAGGAGGAAGAAUGAACCAUACAGUAACCAUGGAAUCUUCCUAUUAAAAUGUCUUCUCUUAUCUGAAUGGUGGAUCAAUGAAUACAACAAUUUUGCAAAAAUAUGCACGGAUACAAAGUCAAUUUCCCUUUUUGUGAUUGAACAAGAGUGAACAUUAAAGUGCAUAAUUCUGUUAGUUUUUUUUUUGCUUUUUUUUGGUGCUCUCUUACCAGGGUGUCAUUUACCUUUUAUAAACAAAGCUAAAAGAACUCUUAAUAAUCCAAGGCUUGAAAUAUAUGCAAAUAAACUAUUUUGGCAAUUUAA